AUGGGAGCUUCCACUACUUACCGCAUAGCUGCUACGUCUGUGUUAGUAGUAUCUCUGCUGCGAUACAGGGCUAUACGUAUACGCUAUGACGUAGCAGCUACGUCUGUGUUAGUGGAGAAACAGAUGGUACGAUCAGUAAGAGAGGAAAUCUAUUUAAGUUAUUUGGACUACGAGAUAAACGAACGAAUAGCAUGGGUGCUUAUUUGGCCUGGCAUGGUUGUUCUAUGCGUUUCGCAAAUCUAUUGGACUCUCGAAGUACAAAAUUGUUUAGUUGAUCAUGCACCCUUUGCGAUGGAAUCCCUUUACGAGAAAUUAAAGGUUGAAAUCUUGAAAUUGGUCAUUCUAGUUAGAGGACAACUAUCCAAGCAAAAUCGAACAACAUUGAACGCUCUUAUUACUAUCGAUGUACAUGCAAUGGAUGUCGUUAAAUCUCUUAGUGAAAAACGGAUCACUGAUGAAAUGGACUUUGAAUGGUUAGCUCAACUUCGUUAUUAUUGGGAGGACGAAGUUUACGUCAGACUUAUCUAUUCGACAAUAGAAUAUGCUUACGAAUACAUCGGUAAUUGUCCACGUCUCGUAAUCACGCCUUUGACUGAUAGAUGCUAUCGCACGUUAAUCGGUGCAUAUUCUUUGCAUCUGAAUGGUUCACCUGAGGGUCCAGCAGGAACUGGCAAAACUGAAACAACCAAGGACUUGAGUCGAAUUAUUGCUGUGCAAUGUAUAGUAUUCAACUGUUCCGAAGGUCUCGACUACAAGAAUAUGGGCAAAUUUUUUAAGGGUUUGGUGAGCUGCGGCGCGUGGUCCUGCUUCGAUGAGUUUAAUCGUAUUGAAUUAGAAGUCCUGUCAGUCGUGGGUCAACAAAUAUUAUGCAUAGUGCAGGCAGUACGUGCCGGUUUGGAGACGUUUGUUUUUGAAGACACUGAACUCAUAUUGAAUCCGGCUGUUUUUAUAUGCAUUACAAUGAAUCCUGGUUACGCCGGUCGCACGGAAUUGCCAGACAAUUUGAAAGUCUUAUUUCGCACAGUCGCCAUGAUGGUACCAGACUACGCCAUGAUCGCUGAGAUUUUUUUAUAUUCUUCAGGCUUUGGCUUCGCCCGCGAACUUUCUACAAAAAUUGUCACUACAUACAAACUCUGUUCUGAACAGUUGUCUACGCAAUCACAUUAUGACUAUGGUAUGCGUGCCGUCAAAACUGUUCUUUCUGCAGCACAGAGUCUGAAAUUGAAGCAUCCCAAUGAAGAUGAGGCUAUUCUUCUUCUACGUUCGUUGAUUGACGUAAACUUACCUAAGUUUCUAACACGCGAUAUACCACUCUUCCAGGGAAUAGUAUCAGAUCUUUUUCCGGGAUUAAUUCUACCUUCACCGGACUACACAGCGCUUUUUUCCGCAGUAAAUGAUAUUGCUAAAAAAAAAAAUAUUCAACCAGUAAGCGUGUUUUUAUUGAAAAUUGUGCAAACAUACGAAAUGAUGAUGGUCCGUCAUGGCUUCAUGUUGGUCGGAGAUCCAUUUGGAGGCAAGACUACUGCUCUUCACACUUUGGCCGAUGCUCUGACAUUGAUGUACGAACGUAAUGAUGAAAACAGCGCGCCGACUACAUACUUCGUUCUGAAUCCUAAAGCUAUUACUUUGGGUCAGUUGUAUGGUUAUUUUGACCCAGUGUCCUCUGAAUGGACCGAUGGAGUGUGUGCUUACAUUUUUCGAAAGUUCGUUUCGGAUAAUUCAUUUGAAAGGAAAUGGAUUAUCUUUGAUGGGCCAGUAGACGCCACAUGGAUCGAAAGUCUGAAUACAGUGCUCGAUGAUAAUCGCAAACUUUGUCUCACGUCUGGCGAAUCUUCUCUUUCGGUGACCAAGCCCUAUGGGAUUUUCAUGAAAACUUCCGCUUCUAGCUCGCCGUAA